AGAUGCUCCGUAGAGAGAAAAUUAUUUAGACGUACAUUUUUGUAAACAGAGAAGGAAAGAGUAGCUACAAUACAAAUGGAAAUAAACUUCAGAAAACUGGCUGCCAAUCACGUUAGGGGUGAAUUGAAGGUAUAGAAGUGUCUUUAUGAAAAUGAAAAGCUGAAACUAAUCAGAUGAAUGCUGGGAGCAACAGUCAGUGACCAUCCUGAAAAAAUCAGUUGUAACCCAAGGUCUCAAAGGUUGAAUCCAUGCUCUCAGAUGAACUGGACUCCAAACCUGAGCUGCUGGUUGAGUUUGUUCAGAACGCAUCAAUCCCUUUGGGGCAAGGGCUGGAAGAGACUGACCCCAAGGGGACAUGUUUACCCCUGCUUCCAUACUCCGAAAACUCAGUAUAUAGCCAGCUACAGUUAGCAGGUACUGGCCUAAGCCAUCAAGCUUCUCUAGCCUUAUCUGAUUAUGAAAAUGAGAGAGAGUCAUUAAUGGUGCAGCUGCAGCCUCACAGAUCUGUGAAUAUCUCCCCCACUCCCAGCUUGCCUUCGGUUUUACAUGAUUUACAGCAAACGGACAGCACAUCCUUCAUACUUCUGAACCUAGCCAAAGGGCUGGCCGCCUCUGCAGAGCCCUUGGUGUUUGUACAGGAUGAAGUCUAUGAUUCCGAGAAUGAGUUUUCUACCAGCGAGAACCCAGAUGGCAGCACACCCUGGUAUCUCCGAGUCCAGGAGCUGGCACACGACAGUCUGAUAGCUGCUACACGGGCACAGCUGGCAAAGGAUGCCAAAGCAAGCAACAGUGGCGACCACUUGCAUUGUUACCAAUCUGAGGGACCAAAGAAAGAAGUGAACCCCUCAGGGGAGCACCCACAGAAUGAAAAGAGCCUGAAGUGCACAUUUGAAGGGUGUCGGAGGACUUUCACCUGGCCAGCUCACCUCAAAUACCAUUUAAAAACACACAAGAACGAUCGGAUGUUCACGUGUCGUGCUGAAGGCUGUGGUAAGAGUUUCUAUGUGUUGCAAAGACUGCAGGUCCAUAUGAGGACACACAAUGGAGAGAAACCUUUUAUCUGCAAUGAGAAAGACUGCGGGAAGAGAUUUACAACAGCUGGAAACUUGAAGAACCAUAAAAGAACACAUACCGGAGAAAAGCCCUUUUUGUGUGAAGCAGAAGGUUGUGGGCGCUCCUUUGCUGAGUACUCCAGUCUGCGGAAACACAUGCUUGUGCAUUCAGUGUGCUAUGUUUCAGGAGAGAAGCCACACCAGUGCACCUUCUGUGGGAAAUCCUUUUCCCAGAGUGGCAGCAGAAACGUUCAUAUGAGGAAGCGUCACAAUGCUGCUGCUCCUGCCAGUGACACAAGGGGAGAGGCUGGGGAUGCUCUGACACACAGCAGCUUGCUGGAGGACGAGGGGAUAGUGAGUGAGAACGUGGUUUCCAUGGCAACGCAAUGCUCUUUGGAAGUGGAAAGGAUCAAUCUGCAUCACACCAUGCUCAGAGUGGCGGAAGACUCUUCCGUGGCAAAUAACAUUCCUUCUGCAUCCAUGGUCAUCCUAUCACAACCACAUGACCUAGUUUCCAUGGCUACAGGAGGACAUACCUAUGGGGAGGAAGUUGUGGCUUUAUUGCAAUAAAAACUUUUUUUUUUUAAUGUUAAGCAUCUGAGAAGACAUUAAGAGAACCUGGCUGCCUCCUGCAUAUCUUUUCCAUUGGUCUGGAUAACAGAAAUCCCCAAAGAUGAAAGCACUGGGCUGAAUCAGAAGACAGAAAAUGAGUCUGCUCUUGAAUUCUUCCAUAGCUACCUGUUAGCCAGGAGUUUACGCGAGGAAAGUAAAUGCUGCAUAUUGUUACAGGCUACAAAUAAUAAAAAAAUUAAAAAAGAGUA